CCUCAACAUAAUAAUUAUUCUGCUUGGCAGAAAAAAGUUUAUUCUCCUGUAAUCUGGUGUGAAAUUCGUAAAGUUCCAAAAAGUCGCUGCUGAACAAUACUAAUUUUCGUUUAGUUGUGUGAUUUUUCCCUCCUGCAACCAUGUCCCGUGGAAGUAGCGCCGGUUUCGACCGUCACAUUACGAUUUUCUCUCCGGAAGGGCGCCUCUAUCAAGUUGAGUACGCCUUCAAGGCGAUCAACCAAGAGGGUCUCACGUCCAUCGCCCUCAAGGGAAAGGAUGUGGCCGUGGUGGCAACCCAGAAAAAAAUCCCCGACAAGCUGAUCGAUCCGACUACGGUGACCCAUCUGUACCGUCUGACCAAGAGCAUCGGAUGUGUUAUGACCGGACGGAUCGCCGAUUCGAAAUCGCAGGUGCAACGAGCCCGCUAUGAAGCGGCCAACUGGCGUUACAAGUACGGUUACGACAUGCCGGUGGAUGUAUUGUGCCGGAGGAUGGCGGACAUUUCGCAGGUGUACACGCAGAACGCCGAAAUGAGACCUCUGGGAUGCAGUAUGGUUCUGAUUGCUUUUGACGAUGAAAACGGCCCAUGUGUGUACAAAACGGAUCCGGCCGGGUACUACUGUGGAUAUCGGGCGAUCUCCGUCGGCGUCAAGCAGACCGAGGCCAACAGCUAUCUGGAGAAGAAGCUAAAAAAGAAGACCGACUUCAACGAGAAGGAAGCCAUCCAGAUGGCUAUCACCUGCCUGUCCACUGUUCUAGCCGUAGAUUUCAAACCGUCGGAGAUCGAGCUGGGCGUAGUCAGUAAGGAUAAUCCCGAGUUCCGGACCCUCACCGAGGACGAAAUUGAAGUGCACCUGAACGCAAUCGCCGAGAGGGAAUAAAAUCAUACACAUUUUUUCAAUUAUUCAGUUUAUUCACCAAUUCUAAUGGGAUGGAAAUACAAACUUAUAAAAAUUA